GUGACAUUGCGUCCAGGCCACGGCCGACAAACACCAGCGCCGCAGCAUCCAAAGCACCUCUCUUCCACCCGCUCAUGCCAACGAGCCCGCGGUGAAGAGCGUGUUGCGAUUCCAGAGACACUGCAUUUCGCACCCAUGGAUCCCUUCGACAUUCCUAUUGAACCCAUCCGCCCCCCUCAUAUCGAGAUCGACCCUUCACUCCGCACUAUCACACGGGGGGUGGACAGCCGGGCCGCCAUCGACGCCGCAGUCCCGGAGGUCCGCGCUACCACAGACGUGCACCUCAACAACUUUGAAAAAAGCACUGUUACUCAUGUAGUGAUCCAAGUCACCAUUUCCCGACAGGUGCAGAUUUUCAAAUACAUCGGCUACCAGUACGACUGGGCCGUUCCGAGCCCGUUUUGGGAUUUUCUCGGCAGGAUAGCCUCCAAGGCCAUCUUUGACGACCAGGUCGACCUACGGGAGCUCAACUUUGUUGCUAUAGGCCGGCGGGAGUUCGUCGCGUACACGACCUCUACUUGGCGGGCUGCAGCCAACGCACAGAAAGCAGCAGGCUUGGCUGGCCUUGAGGGGUUGCCACCGCUAAACGUCAUCGAGGUGAACUUCAAAAAGCCCCAGCCGGGGCAACCGAUAGAGGUGACUUGGGCACCCGCUAGAGCGCUGUUCACUGCCAAGAUCAGGGAAUGGAACGAACGCGCCGGCAAACCUCUAGACCAUCAGAACCCUGAUAAACCGCAAGCGGACAAGACAGGGCCAGACGUAGAGGAGACAGCUUUACCGAGUAGUGGCGGCGAGGCUUAAUCACUGCAUGGGCUCUACCCAAGAGGCUACUUGGACCACGUAACGCCUGGACUCAUCCGCGGCCGCCGGUCAACAAACAACAAGGAACCUCCUCUCUCCAAUUCUGUGGCACCACCGGCUACGGCCACCACAGAGACUUCGUCUUUGGCUGGGCCAGCGAGGUCUUGCAGA